AUGUUUGGUUCUAAUACAACUCCUGGAACGCAACUUGUCGUAUCCGUACCACCAUCACCGUAUCAACUCAAUGCUUCUGACAAUCCAGGAGCAUUGAUCUCUUCUGUAAUUUUACAAGAAGAUAACUAUGCUGAAUGGGCUACGGAGCUGAAAAACUCUUUGCAGGCCAAGCAGAAACUUGGUUUCAUCGAUGGCUCUGUCCCAAAACCCACUACUGAACCUGAGUUGGCUUCAUGGCGUGCCGCCAACUCGAUGAUCAUUGGAUGGAUAUGCACCUCCAUUGAUCCCAAGCUUCGUUCUACGGUUUCGUUUAUUACCGAUGCUUCUACAUUAUGGGUAAGCCUUCGAUCUCGUUUCUCGGUUGGAAACGGGGUUUGUAAACAAGUUCUCAAAGAUGAUAUAGCUGCUUGUAAGCAGAAUGGUCAAUCGGUGAUGGAAUACUAUUGUCGUCUUUCCAAAUUAUCGGAGGAACUCCAUAACUACAAUACCGGCCGUCAAUGUACUUGUGCUGCUGCUCCGGAUAUUGCUAAGGAGCGUGGAGAGGAUCGGGUCCAUCAGUUUCUUUUUGGUUUGGAUCUUCCACGUUUUAGCAACAUCCGUUCCACUAUUACCGGUGAAGAUCCUAUCGCACCACUUACGCAGGUUUACUCUCGUGUUAUUCGCGAAGAGCAGAACCUCAAUGUGGCAAGAUCGAAGGAAGUUAUCACAACCGAUGCCGUUGGUUUCUCCGUCAAAACAGAGCAACCUUCUCAAGUUGCUGCUGCUUCUACUCAACGGUUUUGCGAUCGUUCUACUCUCUCUUGCACCCACUGUCAUCGUCAAGGCCAUGACAUCUCUGAAUGCUUUCUUUUUCAUGGUUUUCCUGAUUGGUACCACGAACAAAAGGGUGGCAACCAUUAUGAAAAUAGAGACACUUCUAACCGCUCUGUCCAACGAGGAGGUUUCUCGUCCAGGGGCAAUGGCCGUGGUCGUGGUCGAGUUAAUAAUGUUCGUGUUACGUCUUCCUCCGACAGCAACAACAAUCAAAUAACCCAGAUCAUCCAUCUCUUUGAGGCUCAACACUCUAACAUUACUUCUGAAAAAUUGUCGGGUAAAACACGUUUAAAUGAUGUCAUUUCGGAUACUGGUGCCUCGCACCACAUGACCGGCGAUUACUCGAUUAUUAAUGAUUGUGUUGAUAUCAUUCCCUCGCCAGUGACCAAACCUGAUGGUAAUGCUUCCCGUGCUACUAAGCGUGGCUCACUUCCUUUGAGCUCCGCUUACUUGCUCACUGAUGUUUUGUUUGUUCUAGAUUUUAAUUGCACAUUAAUUUCUGUUUCUAAACUGUUAAAACAAACUGGCUCCAUUGGAAUAUUUACUGAUACUUUGUGUUUCUUGCAUGACCAUUUUUCGAGGACUUUGAUUGGGGCGGGGGAAGAGCGUGAGGGAGUGUACUAUUUUACUGGAGUCUUGGCUGCUUAG